CACACACACACACACACACACACACACACACACACACAAACAGGGAUGCAAACAAUGGAAACAGCGAGAAAAAAUCUGCAAAAAAUUAUAAAAAGUGACUUUAAUCACUCAGUUACUGUCCACAUUUAAGCUUUUUUUCCCUCCUCUUUUUAUUUUUCCAUCACUCUCCUCCCUCCUCUCUCCUCCCAGGCUUUUUUCCUCUGGGGAUGAUGGGAGAUGCAGCUGGAUAUACCCCCCCCCUCCACAAACACACACAUGCACACACACACUCUCCCUCUCCUCUCUCUCUGCCUAUCUGGCACUGAGGAGAGGUAAACAGAGGAAGAGAUCUCAUUUGGUUCCUGAACUGUUGCAGCGCUCAGUGCAGCCACACACACACACUCUCAUUCAAUUUCCCUCAUACACACACACACACACACUCACACACACACACAUAUAUAUAUGCACACACAUACUCACACAGCACACAGGGGUCUUGGCAGCAGAAGAUCCUAACAGUCCUGGAUCAGCCUGGACUCACGCUUGCCAGCACAGACUGAGCAGCGCUUAAAGAAGAAGAAGAAGAAGAAAAAGAAGAAGAAAAAAGAAGAAGAGGUGAUACGGGAGGAAAAAAAGAGGAUAAGAGGAGCGUGUCGUUUUGUGUUCGUUGAAUCCCCCGGAUCGAGCCCCCCAGCUGACGAUGGAGAACACAUGAGGAGAGAGAUCUGCGGGGGCACUCGGAGGGGGAAAAAAUGCUGCUGAGUAAAGUUUGUGGAUAUUUCUAGAGGGAAUUUUUAGCCCUUAAACUUUGGGGAAGAAACGCAGUGGACGGGCGGCUGUGUGCAGAGUGCAAAGAGGAAAAAGAGCCUGCAGGUAGGACUUAAGACAGAAGGGCUCUCCCAGCAGCAUGGCGGCCACCAACCCUUCCUCCUGCCACAUUCUCCUCCUCUUCCUCCUCUCCUUCCUUAUAACUCAACCUGCCCUCACCCAGGACCCAUCCGUCACCACGGUGACACUAACCGAAGGUGACUCGAUCAUCGUCCCCACCACGCUGGCCGACCAGACGACUCCCAAUUACGUGGAGACAACUCAGAACACUCCUCCAGAGACGGGGCUGUCGACUCCCACUAGCGGCGGAGACGCGGACGACGAGGAUGUCCUUCCCAGCGGUGGGACUCGUUGCCAGGGCUACUAUGAUGUGAUGGGCCAGUGGGACCCGCCGUUCAACUGCAACGCCGGCGUCUUUCUGUACUGCUGCGGUACCUGCUUCUACCGAUUCUGCUGCCAGUUCCGCCAGCAGCGGCUGGACCAGAGCAUCUGCUCCAACUACGACACGCCCAUCUGGGCCAACACCGGCAAGCCAGUGGCCACCAUCACAGAGGGCACGGAGGACCAGGACCGGGACCGCACACACCUCAUCGUCUACAUCAUCUGCGGCGUGGUUGCCAUCAUGGUGCUGGUGGGCAUUUUCACCAAACUGGGCCUGGAGAAGAGCCGCGGAGGAAGUGGGGGAGGAGCAGCGGGGGCGGCGCACGCUGACCUCAACUCCAGGACACUGACAGACCUGCUGAAGCAGCAGGGAGCUGAGGUGAGCUCGGUGGACAACGCCGCGUCCAGUUCGCCCAGCGGAGGGAGAGCCAACGGCAUUUCAGCCAGGAUGCUGCGCAGCAGGAGUGAACAGUACCACCUGAAUAACUCAGCUUACGGGCCGUUUGGACAAGGGCUUCCACACCCGCACAGCAACCACAGCACAGUGGGACUCAACAAAUAUACCUCCCUCAAAGCUGUGGCACACAGUGCGUCUCGUAGCUACUACAAGAGCUUCCCUCUCAUGGACUUCUCCCAAUACCAGCCCGUGGCGCCUCCUGCCUUCCAGCCUGUGCCUGUUCCGCCCAAAGAGAAAUCAUACAUCCACCAGUCGGCGCACCAUGACCUCCACGCCCCCCUCUCCAUCUCCAUCCCCUCCAGCCACCUGGAGCACUCUCGCAUCCCCAAGACCACCACGCACCCGCAGCUCUCCAGCUCGGCGUUCACAGCGUGGGAGCCGACCGGCCGCCGCGUCCACAGGCAGGCCUCCGCCCCGGGGAAAGCCUCUGCUGCCCAACCGGGGCAAAACCCCUCCUCCAUGCACAGCUCCACUCGGAGACACGGCUACUCGACCCGGAGGCAGCAGAGCAUAGAGAACAUACCGGAUGUCUUUAGCCAGCCGUAUGGAGGGAUGUACGGAGGAGCUGGAGGUGGGGCGGGACAGGGACAGGGGCAACAUGUACAGGGGCAGCAUGUACAGGGGCAGCAUGUACAGGGGCAGCACGUACAGGGUCAGCACGUACAGGGUCAACAUGUACAGGGGCAACACCCAUCUCAACCUUCCUACUACCACCACAACAGGGCAAAGAGCUACUCCACCCACAGUACGACUGAGGUGACCGUCUGAGCGCCGAGGCCUCAGAGAGCAGCCUGCUGUAAUGUUACACACACACUAACAAAAAGCUUUGGUGUUAGCCAAACGCCAGAGUUUGGGACAGUCAGCCCAACAGGUGAGGGAUAUUAAACACAUUCAGAUUGACGAGAUGAAAAGGGGUGUUUUGAUAAGUAGAACCACCACUCUUUACAGUUUAGGUAAUGGUUAUUAUUGGACUCCAGCAAGGGUCUUGUUCAUUGCUCAUAUAACGUAUAUAGAUGAAAGGAAAUCUACCACUCUCAGGCUCCUAUAGGUCACACAGCCUUCAGAGAUCUCAACCACUACAGUUUUUGUGGUUUCAUUGUGGUUGUAACAUCCUUAUAGGAAUAGGGAUAGGAGAACAGAACUCUUAGAAAAGGGAGCAAGCUUGAUUUUAUCUGUGAAAAGGUUUUACAUGUUGGCUUCCUGUCACAUUUGGCAGGAACAAACAGUGCGUUUGUGUUAGCCAGGUAACUCCAGUUAAGUUUCAGUACAGUAGGUCAUCGGUACAUGUGGCUGCAAAAUAACAACCUGGCUCACGGUUAGAUUUUGUUGUUGAAAAAAAAAACGUUUCACAAUGAGCCUGGCAGUGACAAAAACUGCAGCCAAAGGCCAUAUUUCCAAUUGUUGUCAAUUCAAACAGCCAUUCAGUGCUAACACGCAGCUAUUUCAAUGUUAAUGUGGUUUGUAACCUCUGAGAUUAGUUUCUGUGGGCCACCUAGGGUUGCAAACCAUCCCCGUAAAAUAAGGAGAAUUAAACUAAAAGACCUGUUCUAUAUUGAACUGAUAAGGGAUGCACUUUGCUACGUAUUGUUGAGAAUCAAUUCAGUGCAAAUUUAUGGGAGAGAAAUAUUACAGGUCAGACUAUUAAGAUUAAGAUUAUGGGUGAUUUAUAUGAGAUAGAAGGAAACCCUCCUGAUCUGUCGUCCCUCAGCCUGUCUCAGCAUUGCUACGAUACGCCUGACAGCGGCACGAGAUU